AUGAAAAGCAAAAUCAAAAGAUAACCUCUUUAAUUUGCCAUCAAAUUGACAACAUUAAAUUAACACUUUGAUUGCAAAAAUCUCAAGGUUCUCAAUCUUCAGGGAAUAAAAUUAUCACAACUAGAGGUAAAAGUGGAAAGUCUAUCAACUCUUAUUUUAGAUUAUAACAACCUUAGACAUUUGAACAUUAUUUCACAAUUUCCUAAUUUAAUCACUCUAUCGAUUGCCAAUAAUUUAAUUGAUGAAUUCUUUGUCCCUCCAACUCUUAGGAUUUUAAAUAUAUCGAGUAAUCUCCUAAAGACUAUCCAUUUGAAAUAAUUGGAGCAACUAGAUGCUAGUUCUAAUCAAUUAUAAUUCCUUUAAUAAGAUACUUAAAAUAAUCUCAUACAAUUAAAGUUAGAUUGGCUAGGAAUAAUAAAUAAAAAUGAUAUCUGGGAGCAUUUAACAAUAAAGCAAUUUACUGAUUAAUCAUAAAUUACAUUUAGAUAGUUUUUGGACAAAGCCAUUUAAUAACUGCUACAAUAUGGAUUCAAAAAAGAGGAUAAUUAUUUCAAUUAAAGAAUUGUACAUACAUGUAUUUUGAAAAAUGAUAAGUAUUAUUUUGACUUAAUCUUGCCCUAUUAUUAUGAAAAUCGUAAUAAGUUUGAUAAUUCUGAAACUCCUUUAUGUCUAGCAAUAAAAAAACUAAAAAUGAAUUUUAUAGGAGAUCUUAUGAAUUGCAUUCAAAUCAAAUAUGAAAUCGAUGCAUUUCAUGAAUCCAUAAAAUAAGGACAAAUUUCAUUAGUUAAGUAGUUUCUGGAGUUAGGGAUUGAUAGCAAUGGUUAUAACAAAAAAGGGUUGACUCCCUUAACUAAUGCUGUAUUGAAUAUUACUUAAGUAAAUAUGGAAAUGAUAAUCCAUUUACUGCUUUAAAGUUAAGCUAAUCCAAAUAAAUUGAAUUAGAAUGGGUAAUCCUUAAUUCAAAUGUGUAUCAUUAAAUCCAAUUUAACUGCACUUAGAUUUAUUGCUAAUUUCAAUAAAAUCAAGUUAACAAACUUAAAAUUCAAAAUGAACAUCAAAAAUAUUAAUGGAGAUUAUCCAUUGCAUUUAGCUGUGAACAGCAUUAGUAUCCUUAAUUUUUUAAUCAGAAACUAAAUUGGUAAUCCAUUAUAAAUUAAUUAUUACAAUCUUACAGCUAAAUAGAUGUCAUACACUUAAUCUAGAACCCUAAUUUAUAAGUUAUUGCAAAAAGAAGAAAGAAUUCAGAUCUUAAAACAAUUAACAAAAAACAGUAUGAGAUUUUAAAAAAUGAAUAAAGGUUAAGCCAAAUAAAAAGAUUAUAAUAGUGACAGUUCUUGUCCUGAACUAUCUGAUGAUGAAAUGCCCAAUAAACCUAAAAUCAAUAAAAAAUAUAUUACUGAGCAUUUCAAUUUGAGUGAAGAUAUAAGAUAGCUGUCUGAAGAUGAUGAAUGCUAACAUAAUUAUAGUUCUGAAUCGGAAAUAGAAUAUCCAAAAUAUAAUCUAUAAUCUCUCAAAUUAGAGCAAUUAAAUUAUUAAAAUAAUCAAUUGUUUAAACAAAAUUAGGAUGUACGACAAAAAAACUAAAUACCAUUUAAUUUAAUUAUUAUUCAAGGGAAGGAUAAAAUUUCAAAGAUAAAAUUAACUCUUUAAUUAUUUUAAGAUAAGAACUUAAUCUUCUAGGAUAUAUGA